GGGGGCGCGCCAGAAGAGCGGCCACGCGAGCGAGAACCCGUGCCCGUCGCCCCCGGAGGAGGCGCGCCGCCGAGCAGCUAUUUAUGCACAGGACGCCGAGGCCCUGGCGCCGCAGACUCGACAUGGCUUUCGCUACUCACUGCCUGGUCCGAUGCCUGUCCUCCAGCGCCGCCCGGCAUGCGGCUAUCAAGCACAUCACGGUGAUCGGAGGCGGCCUGAUGGGUGCGGGUAUAGCGCAGGUUGCUGCAACUACAGGACACACUGUAGUGUUGGUGGACACCUCAGAAGAUAUCUUGAAGAAGUCCACCCAGGGAAUCGAAGGUAGCUUGAAGAGAGUGGCCAAAAAGAAGUUCGCAGACAAGCCAGAGGCGGCAGCGGAGUUUCUUCAGAAGGUACUGAAGAACAUUUCCACGAACACGGACGCAUCCUCGGCGGUGCGGAGCACGGACCUGGUGGUGGAAGCCAUCGUGGAGAAUCUUAAAGUCAAGCAGAGCCUCUUCAGUUCACUUGACAAAGCCGCCCCAGAGCACACAAUAUUUGCAAGCAAUACAUCAUCGCUGCCCAUCACAGACAUCGCUAGUGCCACGACGAGGCUGGACCGAUUUGGAGGUCUCCAUUUUUUCAAUCCUGUCCCCAUGAUGAAGCUUGUAGAGGUGGUUAGAACAUCACAGACUAGUCAGAUGGCAUUUGAUGCUCUGACUGACUUCACCAAAGCUUUGGGGAAACAUCCCGUUUCUUGCAUGGAUACCCCGGGGUUUCUCGUGAACCGACUUCUUGUUCCGUACAUGAUGGAGGCCAUUCGACUCCACGAAAGAGGGCAUGGGUCAAAAGAAGACAUAGACAUGGCUAUGAAACUGGGCGCUGGCUAUCCCAUGGGUCCCUUUGAGCUUCUUGACUACGUGGGAUUGGACACCUCAAAAUUCAUCAUUGACGGUUGGCAUGCGAUGGAACCAGAAAAUCCCCUUUUUGCUCCAAGCCCGAUGCUGAACAAGCUGGUGGCGGAGGGAAAACUCGGCAAGAAGACCGGAGAAGGAUUCUACAAGCAUAAGUAACCAGGGGGGAUAGCCUGUGUGAUGACUGUGUGGUUGUAAGGAUUCAGGUACUAUGUGUGGUCUUGAGUUAAUCUCAAGUUCUCUACAAACUGUCAUGGCAUCACUGUGCCCCUCAGUUUAACUUUUUUUACAAUCUGAUUGUAUAAUCCAAUAAAGGGCAUUCUUAAAAUGUC